AUGUCUCCAACGAAAGACACCUCGAGUGGCCCUCUCACAGAGAAAUCUCCCAACACCUUCUCACCCACAAAGGAAACAUCUUCGGGCAAGCUCUCACUUCUCGACCAGAAGGCAGCCAUGCCUAGAUUUGAGCCACCACAGACCCGAACAAGCACACAGGUGCAAGAUCAGAGUGGUGCAAGCCAGACAUACAUCUCACCCUCGGAUGCAAUUCGAAGCCCGACGACCAAGAAGCUGAGUGAAAUCAAGGGCAAGAGGUUCAAGAACGCAAAGCCCAAGACCCUGUUUGCACAAACCGUCUUCCGUGAAAACAUCAAGGCGCAAGGUCAAUGUUCGGAUGCCACUCCCCGACAGGAGUAG